CACCCUUAGCUGUGGCAGUUGACCCUCCGUGACGUGAAGGCUGCGGACGCCGGGCUGUACGAGUGCCAAGUGACCACCAACCACCCGCCCACGUCACUCUUUUUCACUCUGAGGGUCGUAAAGGCCCGGGCCGUCAUCCAGGGAGGCCCCGAGAUCCACGUGCACACGGGGGUCACCCUUCGCCUGGACUGCUCCGUCGAGUACGCCACGGAGCCGCCCACGUACAUCUUCUGGUUCCACAACGGCAGCAUGGUCAACUUCGACCACCGGCGCAGCACCCUCACCGUCAGGAAACACAAGUACGGCAGCUCCCUGGCGGUGACGAACGUUACUUGGGACGAUGCCGGGUUCUACAGCUGCGAACCCUACUUAGCAAUACCUGCGAACCUCACGUUGCAUGUUGUUGCAGGAGAGAAGCACGCCGCCCUGCACAACGGCCAGAACGACAAUGCUGCGACUGAGGACGAGGCGCCUCUCCGAACCGCUGGCUCCGCCCACCGCUUCCCUUCCUUGAUGCUGAUUGGCUCGCUGUGCCUAGUGUCCUAUCACUCCGUUUUCUUCCAAAUUCUGACCAGAGACAGAUUAUGAGUGCGAGAUAAGGUGACGAUGUGUGUGAAUAAAUGAAACUGUAAAUAAAUAAAAAAAAUUAUGGUGUGUGUCUUAUAGUUGAUUUCUGCAGGAGUAAAAUUACAAUGUUAUUAUGAGUAAACCUAAAUCUGUUCUAGGUUAUCGUCUUGAACAACAUAUUUGGCAAAGACUUCCAUCGAGCAAGCAAGUGUAUGGACUGUGCUUUGGAACAAACAAACAAAAAUGACUUUAUCCCCGACCAUGUAUAAAGAAAAUACGUUAUCAAAAUCUAUACAAAGGAGACAGUGAAAUCAACUAUUAUUUUUAAUACUCAUAACCCUUGUGUAAUGUUCAUGUUUAAGUGUUUAACUCUGUGUCUAUCUAAAAGGAUUUAUCAGUGUAAUAGAUGGGUAGGUCUUGUACAUCAGUGUAUUGGCGUACAAUACUUAACAGUAAUUAAUAUUUGGCGAAUA